GGGUUUCCUCCUUGCACUAGCCGGGCGCGAGGAUGUGCUCCGCGCUCCGCCAGCCCAAGAGCGUCCGGCUGCGGGACCUGCACAGCGCGCGGAAGUUCGGCGUGGCGGGGCGCACCUGCCAGGAGGUGCUGCGCAAGGGCUGCUUGCGCUUCCAGGUCCCCGAGCGCGGCUCCCGGCUGUGCCUGUACGAGGACGGCACGGAGGUGACCGAGGACUACUUCCCAGGCGUGCCCGACGACGCCGAGCUCGUGCUGCUCACCGCCGGCCAGACCUGGGGGGGCUGUGAGUGGGGUGGGCAGGGCAGGGUGUGCCUUCCCUGGACUGAAUGCAUUUUUGUUUUUUCCUGGCUGGUGGCAGACGUGAGUGACAUUGGUCGCUUCCUCAGCGUGUUUCAGGAGCCGCACUUGGGCGUCAUCCAGGCUGCGCGGCAGCUGCUGGCGGAUGAGCGAGCCCCGCUUCGGCAGAAGCUGCUGGCCGACCUGCUGCAGAGCGCGAGCCAGAACAUUGAGGCUGAAACACGGGCCCAGGACCCGCCCUGGUUCGAGGGCCUGGAGUCCCGGUUUAGGAACAAGUCCAGCUAUCUGAGAUACAGCUGUGAGAGCCGGAUCCGGGGCUACCUGAGAGAGGUGAGCACCUACGCCUCUGAGGUGGCCACGGGAGCUCGGGAGGAGUACCUGCGUGUCCUUGGCCACAUGUGUCAGAAGCUCAAGGCUGCGCAGUACCACGGCAGCUACUUUGACAGAGCCGCAGAGGCCGGUGGCCGCCUGUGCACGCCGGAGGGGUGGUUUUCCUGCCAGGGUCCUUUUGACUUGGAGGACUGUGCCUCGAAGCACUCCAUCAACCCCUACAGCAACCGGGAGAGUCGGAUCCUCUUCAGCACGUGGAAUCUCGACCACAUCAUUGAGAAGAAACGCACCAUUGUGCCCACACUGGCCGACGCCGUCCAGCGGCAGGACGGCAGGGAGGUGGACUGGGAGUACUUCUACAGUCUGCUGUUCACCUCUGCAAACCUGAAGCUGGUGCACAUUGCCUGCCACAAGAAGACCACCCACAAGCUCGAGUGUGACCCCCGCAGGAUCUACAGGCGCCAGCCAGGGACGCGGAGGCGGCGGCCUGCUCGAAAGUGCCCAUGACCCGCGUGGCUGACUUCGCCGUGCAAAUGGGUGCUGUUCUUCGUCACCCCAGCAGUUCCUGGGAAACACCCUGCAGCUCUUUCCUGCAGACCUGGCUCAUGGUCAGCCCUGAGCCUGUCCUCCGCUUUGAGAACCCAGCCUCCAUCAAACGCGGCGGGUGCUUGCAGACACUUGCAGGUCCUGGUCGUGUGCUCGGGUCUUCUGCGCCAAGUUGGCCUGUGUGGUGCAUCUUGGGAGGUUUUCUGUCCCUGCCGCCCCCGAGGGGGACCUGGCCUUGGCUCUCUUCACACGAAUGGCAGCUUGGACUCUGGACUUCUGAAAGCCACAGAGGGGUGUGGCUGUGUGUAAAGUGUUUACAUUUCAUAAAAAAUACCAGGUAGACGCUGAAUUUAUAAAAUGCAGAAAGUAGGGAAGCUGCCACGUCUCCGUAGGGAAUUGCUGCGUCAAGCUGUGUGACUGCUGCUUCUGUAGGUCAGUAAUGGUUGGGUGUCACUGGCUUUACGAUGCCACCCGGUCCAUGCACACGGUGUGAAGCGGCAGUGCUGGAAGCGCCCUGAGGUGCUGGUGCGCAGGAACAGUGCCACUGAAGGCACUGGUGGCCUGGGUUGCAGUGUCACCUGCUGGCUUGCUGGGUAGGCAUGGUCUGGGGAGACACCCCAAAUGCACAGGGCAGUACUCCUGGGGAUGUGGUGGGCAGUGCACAGCACGGGAUUUAUUUCUUGUGCCAUGUGUUUGUAAUACCUGAGCUCUUUAAAUGAUCAUUAUGUAGCAAUAUUUUAUAAUGUACUUUGCAAAAUGCUAUAUUUUGUGAUAUUUGAAUUUUUUUACCCUUGAUAAA